UCGGUGCAGCAACAGGUUCUCCACGUUACUUUCCACUGGCAGGCGCUUAUUCAACUGUUUCGCGUCGAAAGGUUCGGAUCGUAACGACUACGUGGUGGUGCGCGCACGACGAGUGCAAUUUAUUUAACUUUUCGGAAACAAGAACGGUGUCCAUUGAUUCUCCAGACGCCUGGAAUCGUAGAGUGAUUGCAUUCAAUUUAAAUAUUCUAUUGUAAAGCAAAGGAUGAGUGUAUCGUAAACGAUGGCAGGACAGAAAUUUUUCCAUGGCCUCACCGAGGCCAUGAUCAACCGUGCCUCCGAUAGGCCAGAUCGUCAGAAAUCCAGCUUUUACUGGCCCGAUGAGUACAUGCAGGAUCCGGAGGAAUCCUACAGCACUUCCAGCCGCCGUCCAUCGACGGCAUCGUCGGUGACGACAACGCCCACCCAGGAACGCGCCAGCCCUGCCAGUGAGUACGAAUCGGCCGAAGUUCUCAAACAGCGCCACCGCAACAACGCACAAUCGCAUAUCGCAUUUUCCGACGGAAGUGAUUCCUCGUUCUCCCAGAUCGAACGGGACCGGCAGCGUGAAAAGUUAAGAAUAGAAAAAUUUCUCCGCGAGCAAAGCGACGACGUGAGUGAGAUGGCCAAAACGCGCCGUCAGAACACGCUGAAAUCGAGUUUCCAGUUCUACGACACGGUCGAUUCUGGUGACACAUCACCAACCAAAAGCACCAACGGUUACCAUCCGCCACAGACUCCGGAUCAGGGAGAGCUAGCCACGUCCCGGUACAGUCCGGUGCCGACGAACGGUGAUCGCCACCGGAGGCAGCUCUCGUCUCCGGGCGGUUCAUCCGAGUAUCACUAUUCGGCUCGAUACACCGGAAGCUACGACGACUUCGAGGACGAUCGGAGCUUCAAAUCGACCGAUUUCAACUUCAGCCCACCGGGAACCCCGGGGGGUGGGGACGUUUCGGAGCACAGGCGUAACUCGCAUCGCCAUCUCCGGUCCAGCAUCAACUUCAGCAAUGGCGUCGCGGUGGCCGAUGACAGCAGUGCGCCGCGCAAAACCGUCAGCGUGCGGGAAGCGGCCUCCACACAGCGCGUGGGAGUUGGAUUACCAAAUUUGUAAAUUACACAUUGGUGCUUUCCGCUGCCAAAUAUGUACAAGAAGAAAAACACAACGAAAUGAUGAAUCCCCCUGCCCCCCACACAAACACAGACACCCCAAGAAGAGACCUCUAAUUUAAGCUUUCAAUACGCAAUUCGCUCUCGUUCGCAUUAACGAUUAUUUAUAGCAAACACACUAUCAAUUAACGGCCGAGAAUAAAAAGUAACAAACAAUAAAAAUGGUGAUACAUUAUUCAUCGUUUUCGCCCGCUCUGUGGCACUUCUUUCUGAAUCCGAACUCC